GCUGGCUGGAGAGAGCCGUGGGUUUGUGACGCACCGGUGACCAUUGAGCUGCGCGAGGUGCUCAGGAUCAGUUCAGUUCAGUUCAGCGCGGAAACACCGGAGAGCGAGAAGUACGGUAGUAAUGUUGGGCUCAGAGGACCACGGAGAGACUCGCAAACGAAACGGUGCCGGAAUGAAGCGUCCGUUGAGUCCUGUUGAAGACGGGUCGCUGAGUGAACAGACUGGGCAUGAGGGCGUGUCCUCUGAAGGGGUGGAGUUUACAAGACAGGACGCCCCACUGAUAAACUUUCGUCCGAAGCGGGAGCGCAAACACAGGUCGUACACACUCUGUGAAGUGUGCAACAUUCAGCUGAACUCCGCAGCACAAGCACAGAUACACUACAAUGGCAAAACACACCAGAAAAGACUCAAACACAUAAACAACAGCAACACAGGUACGGCUGCUCAGGGGAGCCCCCUGCUGGCCUCAUUACCGAUGCAGGGUCGCCCGCUGCAGACCCCUCUGGACCUGAAACACUUCCUGCCCUUCCGGCUCAGUGGCUCCUCCCCCCUCAGCCUGUUCCCCAACUUCAACGCUAUGGACCCGGUGCAGAAGGCUGUGAUAAACCAUACGUUUGGUGUUCCUCAGUCCCUGAAGAAAAAACAGGUCAUCUCAUGCAAUAUCUGCCACCUGCGCUUCAACUCCACGAAUCAGGCUGAAGCUCAUUAUAAAGGCCAUAAACAUGCUCGUAAGCUGAAAGCAUUAGAGGCUCAGAAGAACAAACAGCAGAGACGACAACUCGACAACGCACAUCACAACCGAGACAGGGAGAAGGACCGAGAGAGGGACAGGGAGAGAGACAGCAUCAGAGUGAAAACAAGUGCUCCAGAUCCACUUCCUGCCCUGCUGAGUAACACUGCCAUGGAGGAAACUUCUGCCUGUGACUCAGAUCCUGUCGUGAGGGUGGAUGAUGCUAACUCUAGUUCGGUGGUCCUGACACCUAUAUCGGAGGUGUCGUCUGCGGACCUGUCUGUCUCCUCCCCUCACUUCCAGAACCCGGAUGGUCUGCUGGAACCCACCGGUGCCCCCAGCGAGACAGCCGCUCAGCAGGACAACCCUACAGGGGACACACCGGCAGAGAAAGACCCCAAAAAGACCAAACAACAUCUGCAUUGCCCCAUCUGCAAAGUCACAGUCAACUCCACCACUCAGAUGGAUGCUCACAAUAGUGGAACCAAGCAUAAACUAAUGAUGGAAGGACAGAGUGUUUUACCACGACGACGAGGAAAGGCAAUGUCAUCCCGCCCCUCAUGUAAAAGCAAGCGAUUGGCCAGUAAGGGGAGUGUGGGCGUGGCCAGCAAGAGCUUCUACUGUGAAGUUUGCGAGAUCCAUGUUAAUUCUGAGACUCAACUUAGCCAGCACAUGAACAGCCGAAGGCAUAAGGAUAGACUGGCUGGGAAGCCCCCGAAGCCCAAGUUCAACCCUCACGCCAAGAGCCAGCCUACCUCAGCAGCAUCGCAGGGUGUCAGAUGGAACAGUUAUGCGGGUGGCGCAGUGUCUGCUAUGAAGAAAGUUAUCAACCAAUGCAAUCUGUCCUCUCUGUCCUCACAGACUAAACUGGUUCUACAGAAGCAAUUGACAAAAAAUCUGACCGCCAGCUUCCUUCACACACCCUUAACUCCACCCACCCUCUGCACAGUCGCAGCCAAUCCUCUUGCGCUGCGACACCCGCCGGGCACCACUUUCAUUCAGACGCCGAUCCUCGGCCCUGCCCUCUUUAGGCCAGCGCCAGGACCUCUGAGAGCAACACACACUCCCAUCAUAUUUUCCCCUUAUUGAUCACCUCGAAACAAAACAAACACGCUCUUACAACAAGGCCGCACAUUCACGUGAUUUAGUCUUACGAUCCGUUCUCAGUACUGACGGUCUCUGUGCAAACUUCGUCCGUGCUCCCGCUCUCUCCAAGCUGUAUACACUUAAGUACAGUAUAUAAACACAAACACACACUCCCAUAGUGUUCCCUAUCCUCCUCAAAAACUGUGACUCUGAGAGGGUCACUCUUGAACUAUGCAGCAAAGGGAGAGAGAGUGUGUCAGAGAGAUAGAGAUAAGACCAUAUUUGGGAAUAUGGGCGGGGCCUCAUUGCGAACACCAGCCCACUAUGCAGAUGAACGCUUGAUUGACAGGACAAGACUGAUAAAGGAGUGAAAGAGCUAUAAGAAGGAUAUUUAGCUUUGCUUUAUGAGAUAUUUAUCAUUAUACAGAUAUUAAUCAGGUUUAUAUUCUAUAAUUUAUUAGAGGAAAGCCAAUUUUAGAGACCUAUAACUGCGCUAGCUGUUCGUUUAGUGAGGAAAUGCAAACAUCCCUUUACUUGAUGCUUUUUUUAAAGUAUUUUCAAUUGUUAUUAGUCUGUUCUCAUGUCGUUCCACAUGGAUAUGUUGCCGUCGGUCUGUGUAUUUGCAAACAUUUCGAGUAACCUCAUCUGAACGGCUUUUGUUACAAACACAAACCUCAUUGGUCUCUCAGUUUACGGAUGCUAAGGCUUUCUGUCAUGGGUAAUCACAGAAUAACACAGUGCCAGUCUAAUAUACGAAGGUGACAAUUUGGUAGCAAGGCAACACACACACACACACACACACACACACACUCGCUCCCAAUCAGUGUCGUAAUUUUCUCAGUGUUGAUGCAUAGAUUAGAUGAUUUGAGAUUGCAGAUGCACACACACAAACACACAAAACCUCAGAUGAGAUGAUUACGGUUCAGUCACAGUUUGACGUGGCCUUUUAUGUCCGCAUAUUUUGUUCUCAGUAUUCUCUCAUUACGGCCUCACAAAGGUCAGUGUGCCUGUCAAAAAUCUGUCCACGUCCCAUCUUGAUUAAGAUCUAAACCCUCACCAUGUUCUUUGCUUUUGUGUGAGUGUGUGUGUGUGUGUUUGAUCCAAAACCUGUCAUGAGUUCAUUACUCUCAAUUUUAUUCAGAAUAACAUUUUCGAUUUUCGAAGCAUCAUUGAUUUAUUUGCACAGAGGAGCCAUUGCCAAAACAUAAUGGCCAUAAUGGCGGUUACUGAAUAUACAUCAGUACUGUUGAAAGGAGUAUUUUAAGAUUAUGCUUGAAAUGCAACGUAUUGAAUUUCAGAUAUAUUAAACUCACCCGCUACAAGUAUACAAGCGUUCCUGUCAGCCUGAACAAAGUCACAUCGCUUUGCCCCAGAUCAGUGUCAACUGAUGGUUUUGGAUGGAGUAAUAAGACUGAUCAUCUGACUUCAGACCUGUAGAAUUAGAUGUUGCUGUUGAGUCUAUGUAGUACCAUUUUUCAUCUGUCUAAUUUUUUUUUAAAUGUGCCCUAGCAUACAAAGCUUUUUGUAAAUAUUUUAUGAAUACAGCUUUUAAAAGUGAAUCAUUAACAUUUAUAAUAUAUACAAUUAGAGUAAAUAUGUAGAAUUUUAUGAGAUGUUUAAUGUAGAUUCUUUAUCUGGUUAUUGUAAUUAAUGUGAUAAUAAGAACGAGCUCUACUUGAAGUUAUUACUUUUUGUCACCAUUUCUGCAGAGACAUGCAUACUGAAAUAAGGAGAUAAUCUAAUACGAAGUAGAUAAGAUUAUGUAGUUUUUACGUCAAAAAUUGUUAAUCAAAGCGCUUGCGAGAGAAAGAAGGCGACAGAAAUAUAAGAAAUACUGCUAAAAACGGGCCGAGACUCAGACACCCAGACUAGGCCUCAGAGCCUGGAGUCACGGGUGAGUCUCAAGCCCACUCAGGGCUCUUGCUUUUCAGAGGAUGGUUUGCCCUUGAGGGAUUGAAGCCUGGGGCCUUGAACAGAGCAAACUAACAACAGCCAUAUUGACACUUCAAGAGGCACAACAUGGACAAAUUCUGCUUUUUUUCUGAGGACACUUUAGAUCAAGGACUUUGCUUGGACUCCAUGAAUCAAAUCUCUUAUUUGUGUGUGCGUGUGUGUUUUGAUAACUCCUGAACGUCAAACUGAUCUCCAUAAGGUCCAAGGAAGGACAAAUAGUGAAUGAGAAAUAACAUUAGUCCAUCAUUGGAUACCUUCAUGCUUUCUUGAGGCACAAGAAGACGUAACGCACCAUUCCUAGUUGUGUCGUCCUCAUGAGGUCCAUACAGGAGAUAUGGCUGGUUAUGAUACUGUGAUGGUCUCUGGUAGGUGGAUGAUUUCACAAGUUGUCUAAAAGUAACAGUUCCAAAAUAUCUUUUAAGGUUGUUUGUUGGGAUUUUAUGUUGCUUUUUCAGUUCAGUGAAAUUCAAUCUUUAAGCAAUAAUGACGGAACCUUUUUAAGAAAACUGAAGAUUACUAUGUUUCUUUCUCUCUCUCUCUCUCUAUCUUUAGUGUACAUGUUUCUUCCCUCAUUCUCUUAAUGUUGUGAGUGCUCUUGAUGUAGUGUGCACAGUGUUCCUAUUGCCAAUCUGGAGGACAUUGGAAAGCUUAAUAUGACAUUUAUCCCCUUUUAUUUUACACUGAUGGAAUCUUUUUGUCACGGGACAGUCAUGGAAACAUCCGUUGACAAGACAGUGAAUGGCAUUUCCCAUUUCUUCCAUGUUGGUUCAGGGCUAAUUUGACUAUUUGACUCAAACUCCCUUUUACUUCCAGCACUAUUUUGCCUGACUUGUGCCAAAAUAUAUACUCAUUAAUGCCAAAAUGCCAAAUUUAAGGAUUUGUUUUUUUAACAACAAUCAAGUAGACUGCACAUACAACCUACAAGAGUGAAACUCUUAUAAGAUCAAAAAGCACAAAAAAACGUUUCUCCCAUGAAUGUGUUGGAAAUCAUGGAGCCUCCUGUGAAAAUGUGCAUGUGUGCGUGUAAACUGAAAAAAAAAAAAAAGUGAAUUAUGUCCAAUCCAACUAGAUGUUUCUUAAGCAUGAACAAAGAUGAGAAGCUUUCAAUAUCGCUUAAAAGGGACAUGGCCAGUAUUGCGUAAUUUAAAUAAUGACAGACAUUAUAUGUUAUUUGUUCUUUGUGCUCAAUACAUUUCUGUCUGUGACUGAUCUCACAUUGAUCUGAACUGUCAGCUGACACAAAGGAAAACGUAUUUUCAUAGGAUUUUUCGUCUUGGUUUUCUGACUCAUUUGCUCUUUCUCUGUACAGGGUGUGUAUGAAUGCGUGAAAACGAAAUAAAGUAGAGAGAGAGAAAUAAAUCGAUUAGACUUCCACCCCAGUGCUCUGGCUGUUCUUUUGGGGGUUUAUAGGACUCCUGGUUAUUGACUAGAGGAUGACAGCUUGUCAUGGUGUCUUGCUUUAUAAUGACAAACUUGUCGAAACUUCCCAGUUCGAUGUAAACCCAGCAAAACUAGGCAAAAAAAAAACAGUCUACCAACUGGUAUCCACGAUAAUACACACAGGCACUCUUUCUCAUUCCAAUCGUUCACCUCAACAAGUGUGCGCCAUCUUGUGUUUACGAUGAGAACGGCAAGAAUAUGAAAGGGAGACAGAUUUUCAAGUUUUACAAACUGGUAGUUUGGUAGUUUAGAAUAAUAGUAGUAGUAGUAUAUCUCCAUUGUUAUUAAUUACAAUUUUUUUAAUUAUAUAAAAAACGAUUUUUACAAAUGUGGCAAAAAAAAAAAAAUAUAUUACUAAUAAAAGUGAAAAUAUUCGCCUUCUAUUAAAAUUAAUUUGUCAGCACAAAGGCACGCCAGGCAGGUGCCUCAAGAGGAACUUUGAACGUUUUUAGAACUUUGGCGAGGUUCGUUUAAAGUUAUCAACAAACAUUUCUCCAGUAACAUUAAUAGUGUGUUCGUUCAAAGGUUUUUUUCUUUUUCUUUAUUAUUGUUCUCUAAUCGUCAGCACAAAAAUUAUAUUUUUGAUUUUUUUUCCCCCCCGAAAUUUUUUUGUUUGUUUAACGUUAUGUAUGUAGCCUAUGUUAUGUGCUUGUUUCAGAAUGUUCAGGAAACAUUUAAAAGUUUGCAAAAUGAUAAAAUAGAAUGUCCCCUUAACGAUCGCAUAACCAAGAAAAAGCGUUCAGAGAAUUUUCAGAAAUAAUGCUUCAUAACUUAAUAGAAAUGUUAGCAAAAUGUUCUUAGAACGUAUUGUGUUAACGGGAACUAUGUAUUAUUUGCACCAUGCUUUGAUUCACUAAAUACACUUAUUCGUACAAAAGUAUAUUAUAUUUUAUUAUUGAAAGUCAAUAAUUAAUUGUUUAUUUUACUCAUCUUGCAAGCAGGCUUCUUUUUGCUCGGUUUAUGGGGCGUCAGCCCGUUCUGCAGAUCACUGGAUGUAAACAUGCAGCUCAUGAAGUUGCCAGACCCUUUUAGAGAGUGCAUUUUUGAAACUAUAUGUUGUGUGAAGUUUGCAAUGUGUGUAGCGUAUUGUGUAACAGUUUACAGUAAAGUAAAUUUGCAUAAUGUGAAGCAUUUGAUCUGUGAUCUGUAAACACUAUUGAUGCACACUGAUGCAAGCCUCAAGAAAUGAAGGGUAGCUUGAAGCAAACAUUAACUUUAGACAUUGUUCCAGACACACACACACACACACUCUCUCUCUCUCUCUCCCUGGCAGAAGUGGAGAGCCCUCUAUUAUAAGGUCACUGCCGAUCUAGCCAUGAACUAAAUGAAAUAUCUACUCUGUAAAAAGAUAGAUAAAGGGCAAAUAAAACCAAUUCUCCCGUUUACUCCCCCUGAAGAGAGACUGCAGAUAUGUCGGGCUCAUUCAGAUGGAAGAUGGCUGCUGUGCUGUUAAACAGACA